ACUAUUCGAACGGAAUUAUGAGCAGUUUCGCGACCAAAGCCAAGGUUGUCUUCGUCCUUGGCGGCCCAGGGGCUGGCAAGGGUACCCAGUGCUCGAGAAUCGCCGAUCGAUUUCGCUUCACGCACCUGUCCACGGGCGAUCUGUUGCGGGAGGAGGGCUCUCGCGAGGGCUCACAGUACGGGACGAUGAUCGAGGAGCACAUGCGCAACGGGAAAAUCGUGCCCGUGGAGGUGACCUGUUCGCUGCUGGAGAAGGCGAUGAAGAGCUCCGGGAACUCGAUGUUCCUCAUCGAUGGCUUUCCCCGCAAUCAGGACAAUCUGGAUGGCUGGAAUCGUCGCAUGUCCCCGAAGGUGGACAUGCAGUUCGUUUUGUUCUUCGAUUGCACUGAGGAGGUCUGCGUUAAGCGCUGCCUGAAACGCGGCCUAAACGGCUCCGGGCGCAUCGACGACAAUCUGGAGACUCUGAAGAAGCGCAUUCAGACGUACAACAAGCAUUCGUUGCCCAUCAUCCAAUACUUUCAGGGCACUGGCCAGAUGAAGACCAUCGAUGCGGGGCCCGAUGCCGAUCAGGUGUUCGCCCAGGUGGAGAGCACCUUUUUGGCCAGCGGUUUUUAGCCGCUUUUGGCCGUUCG